AAUUAAUUGAUUUUAUUUUUAAAAAAUAAAAACUAAUUAAAACUUAAAUUAAUGAAUUCAAUUACAGCUAUAAGUUUAGCCAUAAUUUUUGGCUCAUUAGUACAAGGAUUGGUUGCCAAAUGUCCAGCUAAUCCAUGGGCUAGUCAUGAAUCGUUUGGCUAUUAUUURGAUCAAACUAAUCAAGCAAAUCUAAAUAAUAACCAAUCGUUUAGCGUACUAGUCCUGGACAGUGGCCUCAAACUGACCGUACAAUUAGAACUAUUAGCCGAACAACAACACGGUGUUCCCUUACUGAGCCUAUUCUAUAGGCUAAUCAAAUUGGGUUCAAUAGCCAAUACAUUAGGUAAUCUAGUGUUGAUUAAGUUGAUAGUACCCAAUGAGCAAGAUCAAAACAAAUAUCUGGGACAGUUGGCUGCAUUUGAUCGAUAUUGGGCCCAGUAUCUAGGUGAUCAAUUAAAACUAUGGGCCCAAUGUCCAUUAAAAGCGUAUAAUAUACCCAAAACAUUUGAACAAUUACGUCAAUCGUUGAUCGAUACCAAGAAAAUUGUCAAAGAUAAAUUACAGGCAUUUAUCGAUUGGGAACAACAGGAUAAAGAUUUUCAAUUUUGGGUUCCCGAACAUAAAUUGAUUCUUAAACUAUUGGAAGUAGUUAUGAAUAUUGUUCAGUAUCUGCUCAAACAUAUGGCGCCCGAAUCGUUGAAAUUGAAAACAAUGCAAAAAUUGUUUUUAGGCAAAGAAUUUCUUGAACGCGGUAUUGAUUUAAAUAAGAUUUAAAUUUUUCUUAUUUUUAUUUCUUACUGUACAACUGGACAUCUGGCUAUACUAGACAUUUUAUUUUUAAUUAUUAAUUAAAUUUUUUAUUUAAUCAAGAAUCUAA